UGUGUUAGUUUAAUUUUAUUAACGAGACUUAGUAGAUAGUAUCGGCAUUUCCCCACACAAUGAAAUUGUUUGUCGUCCUUUCAGCAAUCGUAGCGGUUGGUUGUGCUAUGCCGCAAUUCGGUAGCUCUAAUGCUAACGCCAAUGCUGAAGCGAAAUCUCAAGGAGGUCCUGGUUUCGAAAACCAACCUCGUUAUGGUGGUGGCUUUGGCGGAAAUCCCGGCUUUGGAGGCGGUUUUGGUGGAAAUAAUGGCUUUCUUGGCGGUUAUGGUGGAAAUCCUGGUUUUGGUGGCAGUUAUGGCGGACAUCGUGGAUUCGGGGGAGGUUUCGGUUACAAUCCCGGUUAUGGUGGUGAGCCUAGCUUUGGUAGUUCCAAUUCCAAAGCCAAUGCCAAUGCCAUUUCUAAUUCCAACGGCGGAUUCGGUGGAAGUUCUGCCAGUGCAAGCGCUGAUGCCUCUGCUAGCUCUAACGGCUUCGGGGAUGCCAGUUCCGUCGCAAACGCUAAUGCGGAAAGCUUUGGAAAAUAAUCUAAUUUAAAUAUAAAAAAUAUGCAUAAAUAUCUCUAGAAUGUGCUCAUUUUCUCGUAUCGCGCAUAGAAUUGUGCCACAUUUCUGACUGCUCAACGCUAUACUAGGAUAUAUGUAUUAAUUUAUUAUUAUUGCGAAUAUUAGGAAUGUGGAAAAAAUAAAUAAAAGUUUAAAAAUUUAACAA